CGGUGUUCACUCGUCGUCAGGCACCAACCAGUCAAACCACGGCACCAUAGGAAAUUCUCUCCUGGUAGGAGCGCGCGUUUCAGCAGCAACGACCAGCGGGACACAGGACGCGGAAGGGACGACGUAGGUAUUGAUGGCGAGGGGAAUGACGAGGAGCCAGUCUGGCCAGUAGGAAAGCAGCAGCGGCGAGAUCUCCGUGCGAACCGACCGUUCAUGCCGUGGUUCAGACUCCACACCACAGCCCAUGGCUGUUCAUGUUUUCUCGACCGCGCAACACGAAUCUCGUGAGUCCGUUCACUCGCGGGAAAGAAUUCGCUAGAUAGCGACCAGAUGGACGAUUCUGCAGACAGCUCCGAGCGAUCAGCAACAACCCUGGUGGUAGAGUCUACCAGCAGGAACAGCCUGUUGAGAAGCAGUGCCGCUGGCAGCGACGAUCAGCAGCACGGGACGAAAGAAGCAGCAGCGAGGCGUCGCGAGGCGCAGUGCGAGCCGCUGCUACAGCGGGCGCGGGAGUGCGAGCAGCGGCUGAUACGCAGCGCAGGGCCCGUUUUGGCACGCUCUGCAUGCGCCGCGCUGAACCGAUCUGCAGCCCUCUGUCUGCUGCGAGCUGCGUGCCCUGGACCCUUGGAGAGAGUUGCUGCAGUGUGUGGGAUAGGGGAAGGAAGAGGCGUAAACCGUGGUGGUAAAGGUGUUGGUAGUGGUGGUGGUGGUGAUGAUGGAGGUGCCAGGGUUGGGUCAAGGAAAGCGUGUAUGGAGGCAAAGGAGGUUCUUGCUCUCUGUCUGACUCAGCAGCAGGAAUUGCUGAGUCAGCAGGAAGUUACGAGGGCUUAGAACGAUAGUAGUGAAUGAGAAUAUGUAGGCCCAAGGCCAAAAACCCCUUGCUUUCCGUUUCCUCCUCUCCCUUCCUCUUCCUAUCUUCUGGUACGGUACUUAAGUUUGGGGGAUGAUGCUCGCUGAAUUUCCUGUUAAUAUGCUAUAACUAAUAUACU